AUGCAUUAUUUUUCAGAAAUCAUCAAGUUCCUAACUGAGAAAUCGCCGGCAUAUAUUCUUGACCUUCCUGAUAAGUUGGGACAUACACCUUUAGACGUAGCUUGUGGAUUUAAUUGCCCAGAUGUUGUUCAGUUUCUUUUGUCGCAAGGCAGCAGUGUGGGUGCAAAAGACGACAAAAGGCAUCCUCUGCUGAAUGUUCUAUUAACUAAUAAGGCAGAAUAUGCAGUCCCCAUUGCAUCGCUUCUCUUAGAGGCUGGCGCAAAUAUUAACUAUGGCCACCGUACUUUCGGAUCAUCACUGAGACUUGCUUUAGAAUUGUGUCAAGUUGAUGAAAAUUCCACUAUAAGUCAACAUAAUCCACAUAUAGAUUUGUGUAUGCUGUUCAUAGACCAUGGAUGCGAUGUUAAUGCCACUGAUUCCGAAGGUAGAACUGCUCUUCAUGUUGCUGUUCAGGCAGAGCUUGAAAAUGUAGUUCGGAAACUUAUUAUUUCUGGAUGUGACAUCGACAGAUGUGACAAUUUUGGUGAUACCCCAUUGCAAUUAGCAUUUUACAACGGAAGCCAGAGAUUAGUUGAUACACUCAUCAUAUCCGGUGCUAAUUUACGAUCCGUAGAUUGGGAAGCUACUUUGGAACUGUGGAGAAGAUCUGGAAUUUUAAAUGAACGAACCACUCAGCUGUUAAAUUAUAUUAUACAUAAAUCGAAGCAGUGUCUUAGCUUAGUAAACCUUUGCAAUAUAACUAUCAGAAAAAAUGUUAGAAAUGUAGAAAGAGAUGCGUCUCAGCUCGGAUUACCACAGUUAUUAGUAAGACGGCUACAACUUAAAGAAUAA